AUGUGGAUCCUUCCGCUUGUCGGCUACCUCGGGUCCGUCAUGGGCUUCUGCUUCUUGACGCUGGCCAUAGCGUCGGGACUCUACUACCUCUCCGAGCUGGUCGAGGAGCACACGGUGCUGGCCAAGCGGUUCCUGUCGCGCCUCAUCUACUCUAUCAUGGGCUUGCAGCUAGUGCUCUGCGUCGUCGACCGCUUCCCCUUCUCCCUGACCCUGCUCAGCAUCGUCUCGCACCUCGUAUACCUCGGCAACAUGCGCCGCUUCCCCUACGUCAAGCUGUCCGACCCGCUCUUCCUGGCGUCCUGCGUCCUCGUCCUCCUCAACCACUACGUCUGGUUCAAGCACUUCUCGGACCACCAGGACCGCGCCUACCAGAACAUGGCCUCGUACUACGACACCCCCAGCGACAUCCCCUCCUUCACCGAGAUCGCCUCCUACUUCGGCAUCUGCGUGUGGCUCGUCCCCUUCGCCCUGUUCGUCAGCCUGUCAGCGAGCGACAACGUUCUGCCUACUAUGGGUAGCAGCGAGCCGCUCGGAUCGGGGCCAGGAGUAGGGGGCUCGGGGCAAGGCGUGGCCAGCUCCAGCAGCAGCGGGCGCUCGAGACGCGGCCAGGGCAUGGCCAAGGCGCUCGUCGACAACGUGCUGGGCGGCAUCGGUCAGGUCGGCGACGCGUUCGGCUGGAAGAAGCCCGACGAACGCCUUGCCUGA